GUCUUAGGGGCGCGGGGAAGGCGCGUGACGUCGCGCGACGUCAGGCUCGGUAGAAGGGGGAGCGGGGCGCGCGGACGGGCGGAAUGGCGACGCGGUGCUGCAGCGCGAGAUGUUCGGCGGAACGGAAAGGGUUCCGGCGCGAGCUCGACUCUUGGCGGCACAAACUCAUCCACUGCGUCGGGUUUGAGAGCAUACUGGAAGGAAUCUAUGGGCCGAGGCUGUUGCAGGAUCUCAGCAUUUUCAUCAAUUGUGAGCCUGAAGCCACUGCCGAUUGGUCGACCGAUGCGCGCUGCUCCUUCUGUAACUUACAGCUCGAAAAAAUCAGUGACCGCUUGCCUGACUCGCCCCCCCAUGCCGAAACCCCUCCUCAGGGCAUCAACACCUCAGACACACUCCAGUGCCAAGCAGACCAAUUUCUGCAUGCAGUCUUACACAAGAAAGAAUUCCCUGAGAGCUGCGACCCCAUUAUUCCGUUGGCUGCGCAGGAGUUGAUGAGGAAGAUGAUUCGCCAGUUCGCCGUUGAAUAUGCGCAUAAAAUCCAAACAACCGAAAGCCAGAACGCCAUCACACAAACUGAGCCAGAUGGACCACUGGACCUGACACUCAGCCGCAACACACAGUGUGCACAACAAGCAGACGGCGUUCUCGACCUCUCAAAGAAAAACACACCGUCUCUGAACACGCUCGUGCAGCAAAGACUAUCAGGCUGUUUGGAGACAAAGGAAGAAGAAAGCAAGACAAAGGAGAUAGAAGAACGACAGCAGCGGAGAGGUACGGUACUGGAGGAAGUGAUGACAUCGCUUUGUUCACACCACAAAGUCCUGCUGUUGCACAUCCUGCAGGAAAUGACGUCGUUCCUGCCAAAGGAUGAAUGCGGGCCGGCGGUGAUGCAGAGGGAUGUGCGUGGGACAGUCGGGGCUCUGAGGAGCAAGUACGGUGGUCAUUGCUGUCACGCCGAUGAAUCGCUGUGUGUGUUGAGUAGCCGUGUAUCGAGCGGGUGUGUGUGCUCGUGUCGACUCGGGGUGUGUGCAAUGCAUUCUGUGUGUCUGUGUAUGAAGAGUUGUAGCGGUUUCUCCUGUCGGAGCGUCAUGCUCGGCUGUGCCGGCUGCUGCGCUCGCUCCCGGACGCUGGUGUGCCAGCACACGCACUGCAGUGACAUCACGCACGUUGCUCGUACAGGUAGCGACACACACUCGUGCUGCCACAGUCCGUCCCCUCCCCCGCUGUCUCCUCCUCCACUGUCCCCGAAACCGCAGGACACAGAGAGUGCUUGCGAUCCGGACAUGCCCACGCUGAACACACACACCCUGAAUACACAGCCUCCACCUCUCCUUCCUCACAACGCACACACCGAUCAAAUGCUGAUGCCCGAGACCCACGGCAAGCCCGAACACUUUAUAGACUUAAUGGACAAGUUCACUGACACGCUGAUGGAGGCGUCGGAGCGAGAGUGGAGUGUGCACACGCACACUGGUGACAGUGUGAAAUCUUGUGACGACACACACCUGACUGAGAUCAUCACUACCGUCUUACACAGCAGCAGUGAGAAAGACUACAACCUGAAGGAGCUCUUUGAGCAACACCUCGCCUCUGAGAAACGUUCCCCUCAAACGCGCUCACAGAGGCGGCAAGAAGUGAUGCAGGCCAUCAGCAGGUCACAAGACCAAGCCGCAACACGCAGGCAGAGCCUACAGAUCAAACGCGACCUUGCACGACUUGAACCCGACGUUUCUAGGAAGAAGAAGAGGAAGACACACCUGAUUACCCAUGGCACACACAAUCAGAUACCAGUCACACCCAUCUCACACACUCAAAACCCAGACACGCCCAUCUCACACGAUCUGAGUCCAGACACGCCCAUCUCACAUGCUCCGAGUCCAGACACACCCACAUCAAACAUUCAGAGCCUGGACACACCCAUCUCACAUGCUCAGAGCCCAGACAUGCCCACAUCACACACUCAGAGCCCAGACACGCCCAUAUUAAACUCUAAGAGCCCAGACAUGCGCAUCUCACCUGCUCAGAGCCCAAACAUGCCAAUAUCGAACUCUCAGAGCAUUAACAUAUCCACUUUACACCGUCAGAGCCCAGGCACGCCCAUCUCACACGCUCAGAGCUCAGACACACCCAUCUCACAUGCUCAGAGCUUAGACACACCCAUGUCAAACUCUCAGAUCUCAGACACGCCCAUCUCAAACUUUCAGUGCCCAAAUAUACCCAUCUCACACACUCAGAACCCAAAAAUGCCCAUCUCAAAAAUUCAGAGCCCGGCUGUCUCAUAUGGUCAGAACCCGAAUACACCUAUCUCAUGUUCUCAGAGCCCAGACACACCCAUAUCACAAGAUCAGAGCCCAGGCACACCCAUCUCACAUGCUCAGAUUUCAGACACGUCCAUCUUGCACACCCAGAGCCCAGACAUGGCCACCUUACAUGACCAGGACCCAGAAACGCCAAUCUCGCACACUCAGAGCCCAGACAUGGCCAUCUCACAUGACCAGGACCCAGAAAUGCCAAUCUCGCACUCUCAGAGUCCAGACACGGCCACCUCACAUGACCAGAACCCAGAAAAGCCAAUCUCACACACUCAGAGCCCAGACACGGCCGUCUCACACGACCGGGACACAGAAACGCUGUGCUCACACACUCAGAGCCCAGACACACCCAAUUUGCACACUCAGAACUCAGACAAGUCCAGCUCGCAUGCUCGGAACUCAGACACUCCCAGCUCACACACUCAGAGCCCAGACACGCCCAGCUCGCACGCUCGGAACUCAGAGACGCCCAUCUCUCACACUCAGAGCCCAGACACGGCCAGCUCGCACACUCAGAGCCCAGAAACGGCCAGCUCGCACACUCAGAGCCAAGACACAGCCAGCUCGCACACUCAGAGCCCAGACACGGCCAGCUCGCACAUUCAGAGCCCAGACAUGACCAGCUCGCACACUCAGAGCCCAGACACGGCCAGCUCGCACAUUCAGAGCCCAGACAUGACCAGCUCGCACACUCAGAGCCCAGACACGCCCAGCUCGCACACUCAGAGCCCAGACAUGGCCAGCUCGCACAUUCAGAGCCCAGACACGGCCAGCUCGCACUCUCAGAGCCCAGACAUGGCCAGCUCGCACACUCAGAGCCCAGACAUGGCCAGCUCGCACACUCAGAGCCCAGACAUGGCCAGCUCGCACAUUCAGAGCCCAGACACGGCCAGCUCGCACACUCAGAGCCCAGACACGGCCAGCUCGCACACUCAGAGCCCAGACAUGCCCAACUCGCACACUGAGAACACAGACACAGUCAGCUUUCAUAUUAAGAACCCAGACACGGUCAGCUUGCACAAUCAGAGACCAGACAUGCCCAGCUCACACAAUCAGAGUCCAGAAACACCCAGCUCACACAAUCAGAGUCUAGAAGCACCCAGCUCACAUAAUCAAAGCCCAGAAAUGCCCAGCUCACAUAAUCAAAGCCCAGAAACACCCAGUUCGCAUAAUCAAAGCCCAGAAACGCUCAGCUUGCACAAUCAGAGCCCAGAGAAAGCAGAGGCCUGUGGUAAUGUGAGGUCACGGCGGAAUAUUGUCCGCCCUCAACGCUUAUCUUCAUAUGUCACUGAGCCACGGAAGAUGUUUUACGCUGCUUGUCGCUCUGCAAAAAAUAACAGUACCCUCAUGCAUGGCACUGACACACCUGAAUCCCCACCCAGUGCUGUGCCGGGACAAAUCAAAACUCCACCUGUUUCACCUAACAGGAUAAAAGUCUGUAAGGAUGAGAACAGUCCACAGCCUCAUGCCGAACGUCAACUAAGAGUAAAGACACGCCGUUCCAAAGAAGUCACACGAUCCCCAAGUCCUGUUGUCACUGACUUAACAGAUGUUGAUGAUGUUAAAUAUGCCAGUCCCAUAAAACUCAUGCUGGUGUCAACUAUUAAAGACGAAGAUGGUGUUAAGUACAAACUCAGAGCUGCACAAACACACAGUGAUGAAGAAUCGUUCGAUCCAUGUGUGGAGGCAUCGUGGGCACCAAACACACUCAGAGAGCAAGCCAAGGAUAAAACUGUCCAGAAAAUGAGCAAUGAGUGCACUGAAAAGCUCUCUGCAGAAGAGUUUUCUAACACAGAGGCUCUGAGGGAGUGCAAUAACAGCGUUAAUGAAGCUGAAACAUCUAUUAAGAGGCGUCCCGGACGGCCCAAAAAGUUAAAAGCUCCAACGGAGAAAGCAGUGAAGCGUCCGAUCGGCCGACCACGUAAAUGCAAACCAGUGAACACAAAUACAGUUCCCACAGAGGACACCGAAAAACAAGGAGUGGAAGAUGCCCCGAGCGGAGAGGACGGCAAUAAAAACCUGAAGAUCACUAUUACUUAUGGGAGGCGGAAAGCACGGAGGAUGGUGAGCGAGGGACAGGUUCCUGCAGAACAAAGCAAAGGCAGAACACAAAGCAGCAAUGCUGAAAAGCCUACACAGUUCACACAGGUACAAGGCAGCAUGAAUAAAGAUCAGUUUAGCUUAGUAAUGCCUGUGGAGGACAGGAAAAGUCUCACACAUUCAAUCAUGUGUCCAAAGCAGAGUGACGGCAUAGGGUCAAGGAGACCAGGACGACCAGCUAAGGUCAAAAUCUCAGGGAUUUCCGUUACUGUUACCACGGUUUCGCCACAGCAGCGCAAAAUCCACAUGAAGCGAGAUAUAAGAGGACCGGCAAUACAGCGACGGGCACUAUUUACUGAACUGGAACCGAAUAAAGAGCAGGAGACAAUCACUGAGGACGGACAAGCCUCUGUUAGACACUCAGUCAGAGAAAGAAGACCUUCCAUCCAUCUGCUGCAGUGUGUCGCUAUGUCACGCUCGAACAUACCAACACCCAGAUCACGCAAACUGCCGAUGCACAAAUCUGAUGAAACUCAGCAAGAGACACAACAGCAUGAACCUAAUGAUGCUAAUGACACCACGACCAGGCCAAACACUUCUCCACAGGAUGCUGUCAGUUUCUCAGCAGCGUCAGUUGAGUCCCUCUUUGAUGCAAAUCUACAGUGGUGGCCAACAUCAGCCUCACCUGAGACCUUAAAGGAUGAGAUGAACAAGCGGCUCAAGGUGAUGAAAGAAACAUGGGUCUCAGACACAUCAGAUGUAGCCACAUCAGAUGAGGACAAAAGCUCUGCUCCAAGUUCGUCUGCAGUGAGGAUGUUGUUUGAGAGAGACUGCAGCAUGGAGACUCUUUGCUCCUGGUUCAUGCAAACAACCGAGACUCAGUCUCUUGCCAUUGUAAAGAAGGCCAACAACCGAAACCCAUGUGAAGUUUUUCAGUACAGCUCAGCCCAGGCGAGCGAUAGACCAAAUGUUUGCUCGAGUCCACAGGCAGAGCGGCUCAAAAAAUGCAUCAAGAAAUUUGCCACAAUUGUCCCUAAAAGUCCAAUGAAGCUCCGGCGAGCACAGGCGAAGGUCCCUGGCACACAAAAAUGUCUCAUCGAGCAACAUGUACUGAACACAACCGCUAACAAUAGUGAAAAAUCACAGCAGUGUGGAGCGUGGCACCUUUAUAGAACCACGCUAGAUCGAGCAAGAUCACGAUUCAAAUACAGGACCAAGAACACUGACGUAGACUAUAAAAGCCUUAAUGAGCAGGAGGAGAGUGGAAUUCAGCCUAGGAGUGUGUCUGAAAACGGUCUGCUGAACACACUACAGAGCGAGUCUCGCAGGACAUCAGCUCAGCAAAAGCAGAUCACUGCUAAUGCCUGGAGUCCACACACACUGAGGGAGUGCAAAGUGUUUCUGAGGAAGCUGAACUCUGCUAACACACGCUCAAUGUCUGAGGAGUCUAACGACUGCUCAGUGAGGUUCAGCGUCUCGCCUGCUGGAGGUGUUUCAGUACAACAUCGGGAGCAAGGGGUCAGAAAGAGCAUUAAACCAGAGAAGACCAGUAACUCGGGCACCUCCACACGGCAGCAGAGUAAGGUAAACAGGAAGCGCAGACACUCCUGCACAAAUCUCUCACCCCCAUCACCGAAACGGCAACGCAGCAGCAGAGGAGUGAUGGCAGCCAAGUGGUCAGACUUUAUACUCGGUCCGGCCAGAUAGCGGCGUCGCUCCCUCACACACUCUGUGCCUUUAAAAAAACGAUGAGCCAGGGAAACAAGAAGUGUUACGACAUGUACACAAAACCCGGCAAGCAUCACGUAGCAACAAACUUUAUGAAACUUGCACUAUUUUACUGCAUUAUUUCUUGAUUUUCUCUUUAUAUCUAAGAGACGCUGUGUUGGAACUGUUGUUUUUUUGUUUAAAUGUGUUUAUAUUGUUUGUUGGAGAGCGAGUGCACUCAAUGUGAUCUCUAAACACGGAAACGAGUUCGAGCCAACUCACUGUUUAUCAUUUAACAUCUGAUACACUGCACUCUCAGAAAGAAAACUGCAUUAAUCAGUCUAUCGUUCAGAAAGAAACCGUAUUUAAUUUUCAUAUUGCACUUACCUUUAAUUUUAUUAUAGAAAGCUAAGCAUGGUUCUUUUUUUUCCAUGUCCUUCAGGCUUUAUUCUUUGACAAAAGCACACCCUGAAAUAUAACAAGGGUCCUUUAGACCACCAUGUGCUGCUUUCUGAACCGGAGAAACUUUUAUUUUCUUCCCAAACAUGCUGCCUGCUAAGAGAGUGAAACUCUUCAGAGGGAGGAUCGUCGAAAGAUCCUUAGUCCUUUAGUGUGUGAGUUUUGUGCAACGUUGUGAAUCUCUGAGCUCAAAAUGAAUCUCAGGGAACACAUCAAAUCUUCACUUGAGUCAUGAUUUGAUUAGAUUCUUUUUAUGAACACUAAAAAGCUCAGAUUUGAUCGGAGGAGCUUUGUGGAAAAGUACAGGAUUGAAGCAGCUCAUGCAUCUUCACUGUAAGACCAAUACAAAUUUACACUCUUUAUAUUUGAUAUGAUCUAAAAUCUACCAGUGAUCUUUUCUCUGUGUUGGACUCUUUAAGCAUUAAGACAUGUAUUUGGUCAAGCAUUAUGCACCACAAGUUACCUUCUUUAUCUUUUUUAUACACACACACACAGGUCUGUCUAUCACACAGUCCAUCAGUGCCUCCGCAUUUCAUUAAGGCAGGCAGCAUGUUCGAGGAAGAGAUGAAGUCCGUUGUAGGAAACCACGUGUCUUGGACAAAUCUUGAGUGGAAGCCUCCUCGAGCCGAGGUUUUUACUUUGUCCCCCCCUUCGAAAGGGGAAAAUGUGAGCCGAGGUCCCUUUUACGUUCUCCCAAGAAAACACGGCAAAGGAAAAUAGUUAAACUAUUUUAGUUUAGUUUAGUUUAGUUAAACUAAACACGUACAAAAGCUAAAGUCCGUAUGAAACGUUUUUUGUCCCCUUUUAAAUUCUGAAAAAUCGUGACAUGAGUCUAAUAUUGACAUAUGCCCAUGUCCAAUUUUUCCAUCCCAUACUGAAGCUUCUUUUGGUGUGCGCGCGUGUGGCUUCUACCUCCUCGGUUUUACUGCUAAACAUGCUAACGUUUAGAAUGCUAAAAGUACUUUCAGUUCUGAGUUUUCUCAUCCGUUCACACCUUCGUUUAAACUACACCAGGGGUUCACCACUUAAUCUGUCCACUGCCUCUGUAUCGUCUGCUAUUAUUAUUAUUAUUAUUAUUAUUUCCACAGACAGGAAUUUCCCUGCACUGAGAAAACAUCAGUUGUCGAAUUCCGUCGAUAAACGUGUCGGUGUUGUUAUAUAUAUUGAUCUUUACGUUCUAAUAAUAUAGAGUGAGGAUGAGGCGGAUAUGAGAAAGCAAUGGUCUUAUUGAGUUUCCAAAUUUCAGGAGCAAUACGGUAAAAAAAGUUUGUAUUCUCCAAGUGCCAUCGUCGGAUCCUUGUUUAAAGAAACACAGAAGUUAUCGAUAUUCUGUGUCUGGAAAGCCGUUCUCUCUUCUAGACGACUCGAUCCUGUAAAUCUGUCCGAGCCCGUUGUUUAAAAAGCAGACGCAUCCCUUUCGAUCUCAACGAAGUGAACUGCACUAGUUUAUCCAUUUCCCUCUCUCCUCUUUUAUAGUGCACUAGUGUGUGUUAAACGCCUUUAAAUAAACGUGUGAAUGUGUUUUUUACGGCUUAUACGUCAAUCCGUAAGCAAGCAUUAAAACCUUCUUUUCCGUAGCUCUAUGGUUGUGUUGGUGUUCUCGUAAAUAUCGUUUUGGAGUUUGUUGUUGUUUUUUGUUUUGUUUUAGGAGGGAAGCGUCGGUUACAGUGAGAGCUGAAAGUAUCCACAUGGUGCUAAACACUGUACAGAGACAUAAAUAUACACACUUUAUCUUUUCUAAUGUGAUUUGAACAUGUAACAGAAUGUCCUGUCACUAGACCAAUAAAGGUGCUUCUUUAAAAAUAAAUAAAUAAAUAAAUAAAUAAAA